ACAUUUUACUCAUUGCUUGAGGACAGGGAAGCCGUCAUUGGCCGUUUCUAUAACACUUUUAGAAGGCAUUUCUUGUUUUUCCCGCAUAUUUGUUGAGAAAGCCAUGGUCAGCAAAAUGGUGAGGCUCUGUGAUUUGACAAACAAUUGGGAAAUCACAAAGUUUGUUGGACAUUUGAAGAAAAAAUAAUUACCAUGAUGAGAGUGGUCACACAUGAACUUCAGACCCAUACCCUCCUGAGAUGACAGGGAGUUUGUAGCAGGACAGUCUCACUGAAAAAUCUACCAUUAACACAAGGGAGGGAAGCCUGACAUUAUAAUUUCAAAAAUGGAAUCAUUUCAAAAUCCUUACGGGGCCACGCUCAACCGUAGCCAAUCGCUGAUGAGUGGCCUGGAGAAGACCCCUCCCACCUGCAACAAGCCCACCCACUCUCGGAGCAGUAGCACUGCCUCCUCCCGUCACUCCCGGAAUAUUAAAGAUUGGGAGGUGAUGGACGACCUUCAGGUGGACGUGACGUCAGGUGACAACCCCCAGGACCUGACCAUCCCAGGCAUCUGUGAAGGAUACCUCCUCAAGAGGAGAAAAUGGCCCCUGAAAGGCUGGCACAAGAGGUACUUUGUGUUGGAAACAGGGAUCUUGCGAUAUUCCAAAACCCAACAAGAUAUCACAAGGGGAAAGCUCCAUGGUUCAUUAGAUAUCAGCCUUGCAGUCAUGUCAAUCAACAAGAAAUCCAAUCGUAUCAAUUUGGAUGCAGGAGACAUUCUAUAUCACAUGAAGGCCAAGAGUCAUGAACUGUUCUACAUCUGGGUGACCAAGCUGAGUGCCCACCGCAUGUUCAAGAAGAAUGAGGCUGCUCAAGUGCACAAUGGCUUCCUCCAGGCCUUGUCCCAGGGCACCAGUGUGGCUGGACUAGCACAGCGGAACGGCAUGCAGGACGUGUCUUCCUACCAACACUACCAAAGCACUACAGGCUCUUACAUGGGUGAGAUAGCUGCACCAACACUGUCAGAGUUUCCCUCGGUCAACCCUGGGGUGAAUGGGAAGGUGUCAGCCUGGUUACAACAGACUCAUGACCCAGACAGCUGUGCUGAAGAGCUGAACCGUUGUCAAUUGGACCUGUCUGAGCUGAACCGGCUGGUCCAGAGGCUGCAGUCACUGGAGGGGGGGCAGCAAACCUUCACCAAUGGAGAGCUGCAGCGCAUCAUCAGCAUGCAGAAUCUUUCCCUUGAGAAACCCAAGAAGUCCAGGUCUGGCAAGAUAUGGGGUCACUCACGCACAAUGUCAAGGGUGGAGGCCCUCGGAAUGGUAAGACAGCCUUUUCGUGGGAUUACAAAAUCGCUGUCCUCCAGUCACCUGAACAGCUCUUCCCAACUGGGUGCGUCUGUCCCCUCCCUCCCAGACUAUGUACCCUCCAUCCCAGACUACGUCUGCUCCCAGCUGUCCCCUCCCACCAACACCUCUGCUGAAGGCAAGAAGAUCCAGCAGGACAUCUGUACUUUGUCCCAAAGAGUGCACACGUCCCUCAAGUCUGUGCAUGAGGCCUUGGCCCAGGAGCGUCAGAGACUGCAGGACACUUACCACCAAUCAACCACACAGGCUGAGACUGCAUCUGGGAACCAGUCCCGCCGCACGCCCUCAGUGACAGACUCUGCAGCAGAGUAUUUUGAUGCGAGUGACGACGUCCUGAAUGGGAGCUCCUCUGAGUCUGACGAGUCUGGUCUGAGCGACAGGACCACCAGCAACUCUGAACCUGAGGAGGGCCAUGCUUCGGCCACUCGUGAGUACCGUGCCAGCAUCUCUAAGGCUCCCAACAGUGUUGUGCCCAUGAACACUGGCCGCCGUACCACUCUGCCUGCCCACUGCCCAGAGAAUGCCCAUGUGGGCCUGAUGCAGAUCCUCUACAACAAUAUAGGCAAGGACCUGUCCCGUGUCUCCAUGCCUGCUGCUCUCAACGAGCCUAUCAACCUGAUACAAAGACUGUGUGAGGAGCUGGAGUACUCCGAGCUGCUGGACAUUGCCAACAACACACAGGACCCCUACCAGAGGAUGGUCUACAUUGGUGCCUUUGCCAUCUCUGGUUAUGCUACAGCUCACUACCGCAACCGCUACAAGCCCUUUAAUCCACUGCUGGGGGAGACCUAUGAAUGUCUGAGAGAGGACAAGGGCUUCCGCUACAUCAGUGAGCAGGUUUGCCACCAUCCCCCCAUCUCUGCGUGUCACGCAGACUCAGAUAACUUCUCCUUGUGGCAGGACCAGCGAUGGAAGAAUAAGUUCUGGGGAAAGUCACUGGAGAUCAUGCCAACAGGGAUCGUGAACGUCACUCUCCCAAGGUUCGGGGACCACUAUGAGUGGAACAAAGUAGUGACCUGUGUCCAUAAUGUCCUGAGCCAGCAACGCUACCUGGAGCACUAUGGGGAGGUUAUCAUCCGUAACCUCAACAGCAACGCCUGCACUUGUAAGAUCACCUUUGUCAAGUCCCGUUAUUGGGGGUCGGACACCAUCAAGAACGAGGUGCAGGGCACUGUGCUGGACCAGACUGGGAGUGUUAUCCACCGGUUCGGCGGGUUGUGGCAUGAGGGCAUCUUCUGUGACACUUUUCCCACUCCGCAGUGUAUCUGGAAGCCAAAUCCCCAGCCCAAGGACUACUACCUGUAUUACGGCUUUUCCAACUUCGCACUGGAGCUGAACGAGCUCACCCCAGGCUUGAAGCCUCUUCUGCCCCCCACAGACUCACGCCUUCGCCCUGACCAGAGGAUGCUGGAGGAUGGGAGGGUGGAUGAUUGUGAUAAGUUUAAAGAAGAAGUGGAGGACAUGCAGAGGGAGCGGAGUAAACAACUGGCUAAGAAAGGACAAGAGCACAAGCCACGCUUCUUCAAGAAAGCCGUGGAUUCCUCUGGGAGGGAUGUGUGGCUGACCAACGGAACCUAUUGGAAAUUCAGAGAGAACCCGGGGUUUGCUAACACAAACAACCUGGAACUAUGGUGAAGAAACGCACUGGGGCCAUUUGGUGGCCUGCGAGAAUCAAAUGACAAAAUUACCCAAGUCUGUAUUGAAACCCAGAGGAUACGUGGUGGGAAUUGAUGAAGGCUUGGAUGAACUGUCCUGAGAAGCCCACCUUCUAUCAUCACCAUCUUAUAUGCACUCCCAAGACAAAGAAAACUUCCAGGAAAGUCUGGAAACUACUUGAAUCCACUGAACAGUCAACAGUGAACAGUCAAGUUGAAAAUAGUUCCCAGAAUCCCCUGAAAGUGUAGCAUCACCUGUUCCAUCACCUGAAAAGGAUAAAGAGAGACUUUGUUCAUUUUUCUAAUGCAUUUCUACUGGUACUUGUAUUGUCCAUUGCAAUGUAGUUACGAUCAUUCCCUAUUGUUUGUGUACAUUUAUGUUCCUCUAUCAAGAUGCAUUUGCUGUCCAGAGCAGUGUUUCCCAACUCCUGUACUCGAAUACCCCAAAAAUACACAUUUCUGUUGUAGCCCUGGACAAGCACACCUGACUCAACUUGUCAACUAAUCAGCAAAGCCCUCAAUGAGUUGAAUCAGGUGAGUUAGUCCGGGGCAACAACAAAAAUGUGUGCUGUUGGGGGGUACUGGAGGACUCGAGUUGAGAAACACUGUCUAGAGCAGGGGUAUUCAACUCUCUCAACGAGGUCCGGAGCUAGCUGGUUUUCUGUUCUACCUGAUCAUUAAUUGCAACCACUUAGUGUGCCAGGUCUAAAUCAGUCCCUGAUUAGAGGGGAUCAAUGAAAACAAUCAGUGGGACUGGCUUCGCGGUCCAGAGUUUGAGUUUGAGCGGCCUCGAGGGGUGGAAGUGUGAGGUUAAUUUGCUCAGGUCAAGAAAACAUUUACUGUGGACUAAUAUUCAUAGAUUGUAUAUUUUGAAAUGUGUAUUUUAUACUCUCUGGGCUGAAUCCUAACUAGAUUUUUGUGUUUCAACACUUUCACAUAAAUCUCCCAAAGAAAUCUAUGCAUGAUUCUUAGUUAUGUGAGUGGAUCUUAAGUUAAGAUACGACCCUUUAUGAAUUAUUGUUGAAUCAUAUUUAUUUCAGUGGCACUAGUGUAUUAAAUACCUCUCUUUUACAAGAGUUCAUUUUAGUAAGUCAAACAAUUUGACAUGGGAAUAUAACGGGGCGGCAGGGUAGCCUAGUGGUUAGAGCGUUGGACUAGUAACCGGAAGGUUGCAAGUUCAAACCCCCGAGCUGACAAGGUACAAAUCUGCCGUUCUGCCCCUGAACAGGCAGUUAACCCACUGUUCCUAGGCCGUCAUUGAAAAUAAGAAUUUGUUCUUAACUGACUUGCCUGGUUAAAUAAAGGUAAAAUAAAAAAUAAAUAAAAAUAACCUAUAACUUGUCAUCUAGCUUGCAUAAAUUGUGCUUUUGAUUUGUGAUUUUAGUUAACACUAAUAAUGCUAUUGUGAUGAUUAAAGAUAUUUCUCAUGAAAGGGGUUACCAAGUCAAAACUGGUUGAGUGGGAACUGAAUGUACUGUACUCAUCAUAAUUAAUCUGCUUUAUGGUACCUUUGAUAAUGGUGAAUUAUGAGUAUAAUCAAAUUAUGAUCAAACUAGACUUAAUAUCAACAUGUGUAAUAUACAGUAGAAUGGAUAUAUGGCUAUUAUUCAAUAGUUUGUAUUUACAUUCAAUGAGAUACCAAACCAAACAGUUGUGAUUUAAGAUAUUUAAACUUUAAUUCAUGAAUAGAAAACAACAGUACAAUACACACGUAAGCCACCUUUAAUAAAUAACAUUUUUUCCCCCUCUGUUUUCUGCCAUUCAAGUCUUUUUUUUACAUUAGAUUAAAUCAAACACAAUAUUUUGCAUUUCUCUACUGCAUUCCUGAAUCAUCUGAGUCUGUAUCCCUUUCCAGCCUCCUCGGACUGAUUGAGUUAAUGGUGAUUUAUACACCUCUAUAAAACAUGAGGAUAAUUCAUCUCACAGAAUGGAAGGUGCCCUACUCCAAGACAAACAGUGCACAUUAAACACAAAGGAAGAUGAUUCACUAUCCAAUGUUGGAUGGAGAAUUUGACCUUUCAAGUCUACACCUUAUUCUCUAAGCCUUUUAAAGUCAUGAUUACUUCUGUAGACAAUGGCAAUCCCAGGGGACUACAUUUCCCAUUCACAGGUUUAUUCUGAUAUUGGGGACAUGAACGUUAAAGGAUGGAAAAUAAUCAUCGGUUAUGGAGUGUUUACGGAAGAUUUCUAUUGUCACGAGUUGGGUUUGUUUAGCUCAUUGUAAGGAGUAAGAUUACCACUAGGUGGCAGUCCUGAGGAGUCCACACCACACAUACAGAAUUCUCUAUUUCCCCCAACAGAGACACUCACUAGCUGUCAUGUUAGUGCAGGUUCAGUGCCAGUGUAACAUACAAAAAGAUACAGAGUAAAAUGUCAGUACAUUUCCAUAGUAUUUGAUAAAACCAACGUUUUUAAUUGCUCUUGCCAUAUUGAACACCUUAUAAAUAAUUGCACUUAAAUAACGUAAAUAACUCUAAUUUUUAAGUUAAGAUAUAUUAAGAAACCUCGUCCUUUUUUCGUUUAAACUGCUUAAGGGUAAAACCAAAAUGUUCAGGAAGCAAUAUAAUAUUUUUGUACAGUGUCCAGCAUAAGAAAACAUCUUGCUUGACUUUUCAAGUUCCAGUUUAUUCCCUUUCCCUAUUUAAAAACAUGAAGUCAGUCCAAUGUCCUGUGCGAGACCUUUACUGUGCUGCAGCAUUAUUCCAUUAUGAUGGUGUCACAGUUGUCAAGAUUAGUUCCGUUUAGGGAUGUUUUUCUGUUUACAAACAUACUUAAUAUAGAGUUCUGCAAUACCACAGACCUGAUUGUCUUUUCCAUCCUAUUGCUCCAGUUUUUGUCAGAGAAUCCCUGAUUAGCCUGACACAAAUGGCAGAAUUUCCUUUUGAAAGU